AAUCACAGAAUGGAGUUCUCAAUUCUGGCAAUAAGAAUUAUUUUCUUAUCACAAACUACAAUUGGAAUUUUGGGAAAUGUUUCUCUUAUGCUCUACUAUCUAGUCCUUUACUACAGAGAACACAUAUUAAAGCCCAUAGAUUUGAUUCUUGUGCACCUAAUGACAGCCAAUGCCAUGAUCAUACUCUCUUUAGGAGUGCCCCACACAAUGGCAGCUUUUGGGUUGAUGCAGUUCUUGAAUGAUUUUGGGUGCAGGAUGGUAAUAUACAUUCAAACAGUUGGCCGGAGUGUUUCCAUUGGCACCACCUGUCUCUUGAGUGUCUUUCAGGUCAUAACCAUCAGACCCAGGGAAUUCUGUUGGAAGGAUCAUAAAGUCAAAGCUGAAAAUUAUAUUGGUUGCUUCAUUUUCCUCCUCUGGGGCUUCUACAUGUUAACAAAUUUUAUUUUCUUUGUGUACCCAUUUAUCAAACAUAGUAACAAAAACAUGACAAGAAAACGAGAUUUUGGAUACUGCUCUAUUGUAGGGGGGGAUAAAAUCAAUGACUCACUCUAUACAGCAUUGCUGGUGUUUCCUGAAGUCCUUUUUUCUGUUUGCAUUGCCUUGUCUAGUGGCUCCAUGAUUGUCGUUCUGUAUAGACACAAGAAGAGGGUUCAACACAUCCGCAGCUCUCAUGGUUACAGUAGAACCUCACCUGAGUCCAGAGCUACCCAGAAUAUCCUGGUCUUAGUUUCUGCUUUUCUGGCAUUUUAUAGUCUCUCCUCAAUCUUAAGAGGCUGCAUUGCUCUUUUGCAUAAUCACAAUUGGUGGCUGGUGAACAUCACUCCCCUCACUUCUCUGUGUUUUCCAUCUUUUGGACCCUUUGUUCUUAUGAAUCGUUGCACCAUUGUCUACAGGAUAACCUUGAUAUGGAUUAGGAAUAAAAAUAAUUUAAUCUUCUAA